UUCGGUGACUAUACGGAGAUGAAGAGGAGACAUAGGCCAUCUUCGACUUUUGAUCCCCUGGAGCCACCGGACGAGAAAUUGUUAACCACUUUCCGAAAGUGGUGUGUUGGACUCAUUCCGAACCACCGACUUCGGGAUUUGAGAAGUGGUGAUUACGGUCCAGGAUUCUUUUGGAUAAUGCUCACACCAAAGGAAUGGCUUACAGAUGACCAUAUAGAUGCAGCAAUGCAUAUGUUGAGGAGGCGACGCACCGACUAUCCACUGACAUUUCCUCAGAAGGGUAUCAUUCUCUCCACAUUCGUGACCGCCAUGAUCAGCAGUGCAUGGACGAGCCACAAGGGUCCGAGGAAAAACUUUAAAUGGGAGGAAUAUAUCCUGGACUACUGCACAGGGUUUCAUAAGUCCCAAGUCUUUGAGAGAUGGAGGGGUAACGAGUUUAUUUACUUCGUUCUGCACCUUCCCACGGCAAGACACUCGGGUCACGCUGAAGUGGACAUAGAGCCGCUCGUCAUUGGACCGCCAUGGAACCCAUCUUGA